UUUACACCCAGUCCACAAUCGUUUCCAUUCUUGUGUAAUCAGUGCUGCAAAAAGGAAACGUCUGGUCCAUGUCUGCAGUGUAUUGGGGCUUCAUCAGAAGACGUUACAAGAAAUGGGUUGUGAAAUCAGCUGGAUAGUCUGAAUAUCCAUGUACAGCAGUGGCUACUCCCAGGUCUCCAGGUAUAGCCCAGAGGCCAAAAAAAAGAUGCAGUACCGCUCCAGCAGCAAGAGUUGCGGCUACUACAUGCGCAUUGUCUUCUUCUUCUCCUCGCUCAUUCAGUCUCUUAUCAUAGUCAGCCUCGUGCUUUUUCUUGUGUAUGGUAAGACACAGGACUCGGCAUGCGAACAACGUAUCCAGGAUCUGGAGGGAAGCUUCAGCCGACUCUCCCUAGAAAACGUGGCCCUCAAGAAGCAGAGGAAAAACUUGACCACUUUGCUCAACGUCACCAUGACUGAGAAGGCUCGUAAUGACUUCGACCUGACCAAUCUGCGCUACUACGCCAAUAUGUCAAUUCUGUAUAUCCAAGAUUUUGACAAGAAGCUGCAACAGUGCAGGUACGAGUUGUUCCAGUGCAAGUUCGGACAUUCUGUCUCAUGCCCAGCACUUUCAACAAGUAGAAAUACUUGUAACUGUGGGCUGCUGAGUGAACAACUGAAGUUUGUUGACUCCAACUUCACCCAAUCAGUGCAUAACAUAAGGUCGGAAAUGAACCAGAUUGCCAAAGAGAGGGACAGCCUGAACUUAGAGACCAUCCAUCUGAGGAGGGAGAUAUCCAAAAAAGAAAAGCAACUGGAGCUCUGCGAGCGAACAUCUAAAAAUGAGUUUACCCGGUCUUUGGAUUCGGUCUACAAUGUUUCCAGGGCUUUUCUACAGAAGAUUGACUCGCUCUUCCCUGCACACAUUGCCUUCCAGCUCACCUGUCCAAAACAGAGGGAACACCUGGAACAGAUCCGCUCCAACUGCACCAACCUGUCCAGAGAAGUGGAGGACAAGCUCCAGCGUUACAUGAACUCUGUGGGAGAACAGGUGGCAGGCAUCCAGGCUGAGAACAACCGCCUGAAGGCCGAAAACUGGCGAUUCUCUGAAGACUACCGCUGGUGCAGCCAGAACCGCACGGGCAUGAUCGAGCAGCACAGACAGAACCUAGUCAAACUUCAGCAGAAACAUGAUCAGAACCAGGAGAGAAUCCUGAAGGAAAAAAUUAAGCUAACUGGAGAGAAAGAGGUCCUAGAAAAUAGUGUCAAAUUUAAAACUAAGGAGGUUGAGCACCUUAUGGAGCAAAUCAAGCAGCUCAACAAGACAUGCAUGCCUAAGAUAGGGCUUGGUGGAUUUUCUGGAGGCCUGGGCUCUCAACCAGGCAUAUCGAAUCAGCCUCAUUGGGGCUCACUGGGUGGUGUGGGAUCCAGUUCUUCCAGUUUGGGUCAGCAGGGUAGGACAGGGUCAGUUGGAGGGUUAGGUGCAAGCUCUAGCUCAUUUGGGUCAUCAUUCAAUAAGCCUGCAUCAACUGGACUGGGUGCAACUGGAGCAGGCUCUUCAAGUUCAUCCUUGUCCACUGGGUCAAGACUCAGCUCCACUGGGUUAGGAGUCAAUAAGCCAGCAUCCACAUUAACAGGGGGAACUUUCCCAAGCCUCGGAUCAGCAGGGUCAAGUCCAAAUCUUAGCUCAGGUGGGAUAGGCUCAAAUAACCCAUCACUAAGUGGGAGACGCUCUUCAUCCCUUGGGUCUUCCUCUGUGUCAUCUGGGUCAACACCUAGCCUUAGCUCAAAUGGGUUUUCCUUAAACAAACAAGCAUCGGGUGCAUCAUCGUCAUCAUCGUCAUCAUCAUCAUCAUCAUCAUCAUCAUCAUCAUCAUCGUCAUCAUCAACUAAAAGUGGCUUUGGGUUUCCAUGGUUUGGGAGCAGUAACUCGGGACAAAGUAAAACAGGGAGUGUACCAGGGAAAGGAACAUCAACUGGUACCAGUACUGGAGUUGGAUCACCAAUGGGUGCAGGACGAACCAGUGGACUGACAGGUGUCCCAGACAAUGCCGCUCAGCAUAUACAAGAGCUACAGCGCCUGAUCAACCCGCCUGGCCCAGAGGAGAAACAGGACCUCUCCAGAAUGUUGGGUUAGCCGAAUCAUAUUUGUUAUCUAUUUUUGUCUAUUAUACACUGCUAAAUCCAAGCUUCUCAUAUUGAGUUCUUAUAUUGUCUAUAUAUAAAUGUGCUGUAUAACAUGUACUGCUUAUGACAGUUAAUGUUUCAAUAUGCAUGUGUGAAAUAGAUUUUGAUAACUUGCACUUUUACACUUAAAAUGUGAAGUUUUCUCAUGCAUGGAUGAAUAAUGGCAUGUAAUAUUUAGUAUAUGGUAUUUUUACACUGUGAAUACGUAGAUAAAAAUAAAGGUUUUGUUUAAGCCUAAGUAUGUAAA